AUGAGCGACCCAUUUAGGGACGAGCAAUUCCACGAUAGUGACGAAUUUAGUGCAAUUAGCGACUCUGAGCUCAAGAAGCUGAGUGACUACUACGUAGAAUACCUCAAACUUAUCAAGGACAACUGGUCUUCGUGUCAUGCCGCCAAGAUUCUCACGAGGGACCUCUUAAAGUACAUCGUACCGAGGUUUAGACAGCUCUCUGCGCCGCUCAGGGUGCGCAUACUGACGAGUUUUUUGUACAUUAAAGAGAAUUUGGUAAGUUUUACAACUCUCCUACGGUGA